CUUUGACAACUAGUCAAAAUAGCUCACUCACUUUUCGUGAACUCACAAGUACACUCCGAACUCGUCCCCAGUCCUUCUCCGUCCUCGUUAUCUUAUUCCUGCUUUUUCCUUCCGCGAAAUACCCUCAUCGUUCUGUAUUAUUUCACCAACCUACCAUCUACAUUCUUCAUCGGAGAAAUUACUCAAUUGGAGAGCUUCGAAGGCUCUGAUUCUCUGAGAUGACGACCACCAGAGAACCGAUACCUCCUCCCAUAAUCGGAAAAGCUGGAAGGUACACAAUCUUUCUCACUCCUCCUUCCACUCCAAAACCCUCCGAAACCACCACCACUCCUAAGACUCACGAACAAUCCCCUAAGAACGUCGCCGUUUUGCCUCCUCCGGUCCAACCUCCGCCGCAACAUUUCGGCCGACCGGUGUCGGGCUCGUCGAAAUUCGGGUUCCUGAGCGACGCCGCUGCCAAAGUGAAAAAUGCGCAUUCUAAUUUGGAUGAGUAUAUAGCCAACUGGUUCGGGUUGAAUCAGUCUAAGUAUCAGUGGGCUUUGGAUGAUUAUUUUGAAACUAAGGCCGUUGGAAAUGAAGAUGCAAAAGCUAAAGUAAUGGCCGGUAAAGGGCAGAGUGUAUAAUAUAUGCUCCAAAAAAGGAAGUAAUGUAAAUCAAAGAAGAAUAUAUAAAGUUUGUUGGGUUGUACGGAAAUAAUCCUUGUCCCAAUUUCCAUGGCUUGUUGUUGUUAUGAUUAUCUACCUCAACGCCACAUCAGCUAAUGGAGUGCUUGACAGCUGAUCUCUUUUAUUUUUUGUUAUUUUGUUAUGAUUAUAUUUGAUCUAUUCUGUAUCACAUGUAACCAGUUGAUGCUACUAGUGCUGGAUACUAAUGCUUAGUGAUUAUCUCAUUCAAGCAAAAGGGCAUUGUACUUUUAUUUAUUAACAGUGCCAUCUAUGAUAUAUGCAUUGAAUAAGAAGUGUUUGAGAAAUGCGAUUGCUAACGAAGUAA